UUCACAGAGUAAGGCUAUAGAAGAACAUGUCAUCGGGGUCCGAUGUCGUUCAUGUGGCCUUCGUCCCAAGUGCAGGUCUGGGACAUCUCAGCCCGUGUCUCCGAGUUGCCGCCUUGUUCCUCCGCCACCAGAAUUGCCACGUCACUCUCAUCACUCCCAAGCCCACCGUCUCCCUCGCCGAGUCUCACCUCAUCUCUCGCUUCUGCUCUUCAUUUCCCGGCCAGGUCACCCAAACCGAUCUCCAUCUUCUUCCUUUUGAUCCUUCCACUGAAAACUCUUCCGAUCCUUUCUGGCUCCACUUCGAACGCAUACGUCGCUCUGUUCACCUUCUCAUCCCCAUUCUCUCUUCUCUUUCACCUCCUCUCAAUGCUCUCAUCUACGACGUUAGUUUGAUUUCUCCUAUGAUUCCUGUCUCUGAAAGCCUCGCUGUUCCUAGUUACAUCUACUUCAUCGCCGCGGCAAGAAUGUUCUCGUUUUUCUCGCACCUGUCUGUUCUUGAUGCGGCUAAUAAACAAGCCCAGGGCCACCCUGCUUCGUUUAUCGGCGAUGCUGUCGAGAUCCCAGGGAUUCGUUUGCCAAUAACCAGAUCUUCGAUCCCUCCAUUACUUCUCCAACCAGGAAGCUUGUUCGAGAAAAUUUUCAUGGAGGACAGUCCUAAACUGACGAAACUUGAUGGGAUUUUCAUCAACACGUUUGACGAAGUGGAAGCUGAGGCUAUGGCGGCCCUCAAUAGCGGGAAAGUAGUUCCAGGGUUGCCUCCUACGCAUGCUCUUGGUCCUUUAAUGCCUUGUGAGUUUGAGAAGGAACAAAAAGAAGAAAAGUCAGCGAGUUCACCAUUGAAGUGGCUUGAUGGUCAACCAGAAGGGUCAGUGGUAUAUAUUUGCUUCGGCAACAGGACGGCGACAACGAGGGAGCAAGUAAAAGAGAUGGCAGAAGGGUUACUGCAAAGUGGCUACAGAUUCCUAUGGGUGGUGAAGCUGAAGAUGGUCGACAAGGAAGACGACGAAGAUCUGGAACAAGUGUUAGAACCAGAGGUAGUGAAGAAGAUAAAGGAGAAGGGUCUUGUGGUGAAGACAUGGGUGAACCAGGGAGAGAUUCUGGGACACUCCUCAGUGGGAGGGUUUCUGAGUCAUGGAGGAUGGAACUCCACGAUGGAAUCCAUAUGGCAUGGAGUGCCCCUUCUAACAUGGGGUCAGAACGGAGAUCAGAAGAUAACAUCGGAGGUGGUAGCAGAGUGUGGGGUCGGGGUUCGGCCUGACUGGGGUUGGGGCGGAGAGGUGGUGGUGAAAGCGGAGGAGAUCGCCAAGGCAGUGAAAGAGAUGAUGAAUAAUAUUGAACCUCUCAAGUUGAAGGCGUUACAACUCAAAGAGGCUGCAAGAAAGGCUACUGCUGUUGGAGGGAGCUGUGACAUUAAAAUCAAGACAAUUAUUGAGGGGUGGAAGAAGAAGAGGGAUGUUCAUUAAUUAAUUGAUGAACAGUUAAGUUAAUCAGGCAAAUUAGUCCCUCACCGAAGUGCAAGUUUUUGUUCUCUAAUUUACUUUAAUUUGAUCACGUGUUGUUGUUUAAUUUUCUUGAAUUUGAACCUCCUAGGGCUUGUUUGGAUCAGUAAUUGUGCAAAAUUUUGUAAGCAUUAAUAAAGGAAAAGGUGUGGGAGUCGAC